AUGGCUGGGGAUAUUGUGGAGGACGAGGCGUUUGUGAGCCUUGUCACUAACAACGGUUAUGCAAAUGGCGCGCUUGUUCUCGGGUACUCCCUACGACGUGUCAAUACAACGAGAAAACUGGUGCUGCUCGUUACAAGGGAGGUGCUAGAGCCAACGAGGUAAGGAUCAAGAUGCCUUAAAGUUAAGCUUUCGUUUUCAACUCUUGUGAUGAAGUUUUUAUCUAGGAAACAUGGAGCACACGAUCAAGACGAUCAACAUAUAUGGCGACGAGUCAAAGCGUUAAAGAUCUAUUUUGAAACAGGCAGAUUGGCCCGUGUGUUCUCCAUUCGUUACUGUUCCAGAUUAUUGUUCUGUUACAGUACAAAAGUAGAAGCACCAAUUUAGAGAUGUAUCGAAACAAAAAUCGAGUUACGCCCAAGUCUCCUCAUGCAAGCAUGCACUUGGGCAAUUCAAUAAGCAAUUCAAGUGCACUUUGUCCAGAGGCCAUGCUAAUUUUUAAGUUAGAUUGAUUUGCUACACUUUAAUGUUUUGAUUUUAAAUUGAUUGGAGGAAUUUGGUGACAUGUCAAGUACUAGAUUACGGAAGUUAUGCGUCAGUAGACUGCUCUUGCAUGAGUUCAUGAUGGUUGGUCAGGGACCAAGAUGGUGGGAAAUUCAAAGAUUGUUAUGGAAAAUAAGGGCUUCUGUGUCUCCAAGAUUUAGUGCUACUUGUAAAUCCAAUGUGUCUGUUUGUAAUUGAUGUUCUAUGGUAGUCUAGCCUUGCUAAAAUUCACUAAACUAGGACUUCGAAUAGGAAAUGAAGGAUAAGCCAAGUUUACCCAAGCAUGCAUGUAAGUCUGCCCAUUUACAAGUUACAUUAUUUAGCUUAGUUUAUUUUACCACAAAACAGCAUGUCUAAUGUAACACCUCGGUAUAGAACAGUUUAACCUUGAUAUACAUGUAACAAACCUCUAUAUAAAGAAGUCUUUGGUAUAAUGAGUGAUUUUCUUUACCCCAAUAUUAGUAAAAUAUAUGAAAAAGAACCUUGAUAUAACUAAACCUCAUUAUAGCUCGAACACAUUUUACCGGGUACUUGGCCAUUUGUUAUAUAGAGGUUCCACUGUACACCCAGGUAUAGUAGUCAUGCUAUCCACUAGUUUUGUCAUUGCUGGAAAUAAAUUGCAGAGAAAAGCAAUGUAGACUAAUGAAACAACACAGCAAAUUAAAUGAAACUUUGUCUUGCAUCUGCGGGGAUUUGCAAGAACUUGGUAAGCAUGAUCACCCAUUGUACAAUCAAGAGCAUGAACUGGUCAAGUUUUUGCUCUAGUUGGUGUGCGUAUUUCCCUGGUUUGAAUUUCAAAUACGGUCGUUUCGCAUUUUGAGGAGUAUGCCAUGACCCUGUUGGUAUUUAACCCAUCUUUAUGUCAUUUGUUGCCAUUUAAACUCAUCACCAAUAGAUGAGCUUGGGUGUUGGUGCCUACAAAGUUGGUGGAGCUGGGCAAUGCUCUAGCAUGAGGAGGAGGUAUCCAUGGCAACCCUGCGAGCGGCCCCCACCAGGCACUGUCACACUGAACAAUUCAGUAGAAUACUUACUAACCCAAUACUUACCUAGCCCACACCAAGAGAGAGGGAGGGAUGGGAAAAACCAAAGCACAAACUGGCAUGCAAACAGCAAGCAAUUGCAAUAACACUUUGCGAAGAACGGCAAGCAAGCAACUGCGUAUAUAAGUCACGAGGUGCCCCUGCUAGAGGCAUCGGACCACCCCUACUAUAGCUGGGGAAACAGCUGACCAGCAUUGCCUCAAGGUUAACUUUGCCUAAAUUACAUUUAGCCACAUUUCACCUAGUCUUAUGUCACUGUUUCAAGGCCAUGUUCCUUGUCGGACUUUUACACUAACAGGGACAUGUUAAUAACUCAAUAUAUUUUUGCUAGCUAUGGAUAAGUUAUGUAACUAGCAUUCUUGCUCUUUUUUUUUUAUUCAAACAUAUGCAAAUUAUCAAAUUCUCAGCAUUUUUUCUUGCAUCUGUCUUGUUUAUAAAUAUUUUGUUAUAGAGAGAGACUGGCAAGAGUAUGGGAUCAUCUAGAGAUUGUUGAUUUGCUGGACAGUGAGGAUACAACUAACUUGGCACUUUUGACAAGGCCAGAGCUGGGAAUUACAUUCACAAAAAUCCAUUGCUGGAACUUGACUCAGUAUAGAAAAUGUGUGUUCUUGGAUGCUGAUACUCUUAUUAUUCAGAACUGUGAUGAACUUUUUGAAAGAGAUGAGUUGUCUGCCGUUCCAGACAUUGGCUGGCCAGAUUGUUUUAAUUCUGGUGUGUUUGUAUUUGAGCCAUCCAGAGCAACGUAUGAAGCCAUUUUAGAAUAUGCUAUUCAAAAUGGGAGUUUUGAUGGUGAGAUCUUUUUUUCUGUAGUGUCAGUACAGUAACUUGGCCUUACUGUAGGUCUUUGCCAUUCUUAGACCCCAACAUAUUCCACAUACUCACGUCUCCAUUAUACAGGGCUUCUGAUAGGUUUGGAUGAAAGUUAAAUUUUGCGGGAUUUUCAGAGACAGAUUCACAGAAAAAUUGGCAGAUUUUGCGGAAAUUUUCAGGACUAACUACACCAAAAAACAAAUUUCUUGGGAAUUUUUUGGGCAAAUUUCUCUAGAAGUGGAUUGAUUUUGCACUGAUUUGAUCAGCAUGUUUGAAUGUUUCUUAACAGAGAUAAUCAUUUGCUAUUUUAACAACAAAGCUCUCUAGAAGUGAGCCAGUGGCAAAGCUUUUAACAUCAUGACUAGUCCCCAGUUUUUCGCAACAUAAUUUAUGCCUGGUAGUUUUGGGAAAUUGUUCGCUUGUUGUGGGGAUAAAAAUUCAAGAUACAUUUGCAAGUUUACAGCAAUUAUGAUUCAACCCCAUUGGCUGAGAUAAGUUUCAAAUAUGUUGUAUUGACAUGUAUUUAAUAAGAUUUCUAAUGAAUUUUGCAAUAUUUAGUGUGCUGUCAUGAAUUUUGCAGGAUUUCGCAGAUUUACCUCAAUCUUGCGGCUCCACGAAAUAUCAGAAAACUGAUUGUAAUUUAUUAUUUCCCAUGAAACUGAUCUAGGCCAAGUUGUUCAAAGCUUGGUUAAGAUAACCCAGGGUUAGUGCGAGAUUUGAAUUCAGAUUUGAUAGCUUAAAAAGCAUUUCAGUUUUAAUUCUUUUUGUCUACAAGUUGAUUAUUGGAAGCUCUAAAAAUAACAGAGAAAAUUAUCCGAGAAAAUGAUUUUGAAGACAAGAAAAAGAAACCAGCGUUAAAUUUCACCCCGGGUUAAGUGCUAAUCAGCCUUCGAACAACUGGGCCCUGGAGAAUCGGCCACUUCCGAGUUCUCCCGGGCCUCUGUAUCAAAACAAGGUUACGUGCUCAGCCUUUGAUAUGGAAAUGAUUUUUCAUUCUCAUGCAAAUGAAACUCAUUUUCACAAGAAAGGUUGUGCACUUGGCCUCUUUUUGAAAGUGAGGGUUUCUGGAACUCGGAAAUGGCCUAUUGAACAGUUUUACUUUAAGAUAGUUUCAUUUCUUUACUCUCAUGACUUUUGUGUUUGAUUAAGCAGUGUUAUUUAAGGAGAACUUAGAUGCUGACCUUGAUUGAAGGGCCAAGCUUCACAUUAUAAAGGGAAUAGCAGACAUUACUGUGGGCAUUAUCUUUGAGUUAUGUAACCCUUUGAAAAUUUUUUUAAAAGCCUACACGUGUGCCCUUUGAGCUGCAAAAGUUUUCAUAAAUCCAAAAUGCUUAUGUAAUUUAGAAUGCCCAAGUUUGCUAUUCCCUUGAACAAUAGAGUUCUAAAAUGGUGCCGUCAUAAAAAUUAAAUUUGUGAAAUUAUGGGAGUUGUCAAGAUUUUCUGAAAGAACAACGUCCAAGACGCCUACUUGCCAAAAAUUAGCAUUUUGGGGCAAAUUGUCUCUGAGAUAUUAGCCCAGUUAUGCUCUGAUGACUCCAUACAAAUCCUUCUAAAUUUGACUUGGGUCUAAACGUUUAGACCCAAAUGCUAAUUUUUGGCAAGUGGGUGUCUUGGACAUUGUUCUUUCAGAUUAUCUUGACAAAUCCCAUAAUUUCACAAAUUUAAUUUUUUGUGACGUCACACUUUAGUACUCUAUGUCAAAAGGCUUGAACCUGUGUGCACCAGUGAUUGAGGCUAUGAAAAUUGUAACGUAACAAGGUAUCCCUGAUGUAUACAUAGAGCCCUUGACGUGUCAAUGUGAUGACAAUGAACCAAAGCCACAACAAUAUUGACAUUUGGUCAGAUCUUACAAUUAUGUCAAACUGAAACUUGCCUAUUAACUCCAAAUAGAGUUUUGGGGGAACAGUUUUAAGGACUUGAAUCAACAGUGAAACGAGUGGUUCUGAGCGGGGUAUGUUCAAAAAUGAGUGCUGAAAGCGCAAACGUAUGGGGGCAUCUUCCGGGGGCGUGGUCAAUACCCAGAGUUGCAUUUACUGACAUGAUACAACUCACUUUGACUCUGAAGGUGACUACCACACAGGUUGUCAAAACGUCAGUCACUGUCAACAAUAGUCCUAUUCAGGACUAUAUUCACCCGGACGAUCAUGCUCCACUGACUUAUGAAAUGAUUCCUGGGUUCAAACCUUUCACAAUAAUUAGUUUAUUACAAUUCAAUUCAGUACUGUGUUUGUUUGUUUGUUUGUUUGUUUGUGCAUUGAGCUUCCUUCCAUUUAAAUGUUAAAGCACAGCAUUUUAGCUCAGAAACUAUUUUUUUUAUGGCAUUCUUUCAGGUGGAGACCAAGGACUACUUAAUUCAUUCUUCAGUGAUUGGAGAACAUCUGACAUCUCCCGACAUUUGUCAUUUAUCUACAACAUGAACUCCAAUGCUAGUUAUACCUAUGCUCCAGCUUUCCAACAGUAAGAUCAGUAGUAUUAGUAUUUUUCUUCUUGUGGAUUGUUUUAUUCCUGUACUGAGGGGCUUUAAAAAAAAAACAUCACAAACCUAUGACAGUGGCAAGCCCUUUUGUCUUGAUCUUUCAUGUGUGCAACUGAGAUUGUGUAUGGACACAUCUGGGGGGACCUUUGAGUGCUAUUUGCACCAAUCCCUACUAAGUUAGAAUGAGUUGUACUUCCCAUUUUAUUUUACUGAUUGAUGUUCAGCUAAAUCGGUCAAUGAAAUUUCUUUUUUAAAAAUUUGUAUAGUCAGUGACCUCCUGUUACUUUUAAUCUUUGUACUGAAGCACUUUAAUAUUAUUAAUUAGUAAUAAUAAUAAUAAUAAUAUUAUUAUUAUUAUUAUCAACUAACCUAUCUCUUUUCAAUUCCCUCAGGUUUGGAAGAGAUGUGAAAAUUGUUCAUUUCAUUGGUCCCAUCAAGCCAUGGCAUCACUCCUACAAUCCUGCAACUGGCAAUGUGAACGUGCCAUCCAGUAGCAGGGGGUAUGUCCCACAUGAACGCACCUUCCUUCAACUGUGGUGGGACAUCUAUGCCACUUUUGUGGAGCCAGAAAUGAGGGUAAGUGAUCACUCUUUUUUUAAAUUUUGGAGCAAAGGAUUGGAGGGUGUCGGUUACCAGUAAAAGUGUGAUUGGUGCUCAGCAUAUACUUCCCUGAGGCUUAUCCAAUGGCUAAAUUCAUGGUUCCAUUGCAUACCACUUGUCAGAACUGGCCAGCUACAAUGUUCUGUUUUUUUUGCCUGCUUACUCCCUGUUUCUAGGGAGAAGCAGAGGUCUAGUGGUUAGUACACUGCACAUCAGAUGUGGAUAUUCAUGUUCCACACCUCCUCUCUCUGCCCAUGAGUGUACAAUGAUGAAAAUAUGUUCAUUGAUUACCUCUCUCAUGUUUUUGGAUGAGGAAAGUUCCCUAUUGUCACCUUUCAUCUCCUUAAAUUGGCACACUCACAAAGUCUUUUGUAGGUGUGCAGUUUUGCUUUGUCAGACCAUAUUCCCUCGAAUAAUAGCCAUUCCUUGAUUAAUCGCCUCGCUUGAAAAAUUGCCCCCCUUAGACGGAAAUAUUGAAAAUAACCGCCUUCCUCAAAUUAUUUCCCACCCCCACCCAUCUCACCAUCUUCUCUUUCUUUUAUCCCCUUCCUGUCAAGUUGAAGUGGAGUCUGAUCCAGCAAAACUGAUCAGUGACGACUUUUUCAAGCUCCUGACACCGAGAAUAUUGACACUGAAAAUUAAUCAGGGAACCAAAUUUGGAACACUUACAAAGAUAGCCCAUGUUAAGUUUAUUAAUUUUGAUGUGAUCAUUUUUUUUUAUUUUAUUGGAUGAUAAGACAGAAGAUUAAGGGCGUGACUUCCAGUGAGCAAAAUUUGAAAUAAUCGCCCCCUGCGAAUAAUUACCUUCCCUCGAAUAAUUGUCCCCUUUUGGUGCGAAAAAAAAAAUUGCCGACGGUUAUUCUUUGAGGAAAUACAGUAUAUUCAUGCAAAGGGCUUUCCUCAUGAACAGGAGUACCAAUUUCAGUGACCCAAAAACAGGUCUUUGUUGGCAGCAGAUCACAAUCAAGGGUAAAAACAACAUAGGAUACAAAAUUACACAUCUGCCACGCACUGUCCAUCAACAUUUUGGUGAGAAACUAUAUUCAAAAUCCUUCAAGCAUAGUUGCUAGUUGGUGGUUAGUAACUGUCUAUGGCAGUUGGCUGGUUCUGACCAGUGGAGAGCAUGUAACUUUAAUUUGUUCAGUAUCAUCUUUAUGCUGUGAAUCCAUCAUGUUAUCAGACUGAUUUAUUAAAAAGGUUGGCAGUUGAAAUAUACCAGCCUGUUCCAAGUAGCAAUGAAAAUUAACACUGUUGAUUGAGGCGUAGAUAAUUAUCUCAUGGUCCUCAAAGUACCAUACUAUGUGUUCAACAUUGGAUCUGUAGUAGCCCAUGUUAUGGUUCUUUCUGGGUUACUGAAGAUUUAUUUGUUGGUAUACUGGUUACUACCUGAUCUUCCUAAACUUUGGAAAUUAUAUAGCUGUAGUCUUACAAUACAACCAACAAUUAUAACAUUGUAAACAAAAAAUUACAGUGUAGAUGUGCUGCUAAUAAACAUCUAUAAAGCUAACUGCCAUGUUGCUGCUUAAGCCCAGCUUCUUCACCUUAAUAAUAAUUUAAAUAAUAAUAAUUCAUUGUUAAAAUUCUUAUCUAGUUAAAUCCAUUGAAAUUCACCAUCAUACUCAUAUAUUUUGCAGCCUUUAAGUAAUGAUUGUUUUAUUGUCAUGUUGGUCAUUUUGUAUGCACUAUUAUCAGUUACCAGAAAUUCUAUAGAAAAAUGAUAAUCUUAAAUGACGUCCUGUAAAAUUUAAUUUAUUGUUUGCUGGUCAAUGUCAGUAAAUAUGCCUUGUGAUGUCUCUUGUAAGACAAAGCACAGAGUUAAUUUAUUUAUGCAUUUUACUGAAGCAAUGUAAGUUAAAAAUGUUGUUGUAGAGUUAAUGAAGUAAAUCCAUUGCUGCAAUAAAUAAAUCUUGUUUUGCUGCUGGGCUGUGUUUUAGUCUAAUUCUUUUAGAGUAAGCAAAAUUGAUAACUAUGUGAUAAUACCAGUGAGUUGUAUUUUGUACACGACGCAAGUAAGUGUUAGUUAGGCCUUGGUUACGUCAGUAACAGAAACAACAGCCUUGUAUCUUGCUGAUAAACCCUGAAGUUUACUACACUGCAAGUCAGUGUCUGUGGUUCGCAUUUGCAGUUUCUUCUUUUCAAUGAGGAGUUUAAUUAAAGCCUGGUGUACCUGUACCAAACUGUACAUGCGUAGAUACAUUCAUGAGCAAGGAGGUUGUCUUAAUUACACAUGUCUUUCUGUGACAAAUCCACUUGAUUGGCUCAAACUUUAAGACAUAAACAGUGGAAGCAUUAAUAGAGACAGCUAGAUGAAAAACGAACUUUCCAUUUCUUCUGACUGUUUCUAUCAAGCUUAAUCUGCUUAUGCUUCUGUCCUCUUUUCUUCGACAAACACUACAAGAGAACGUUCCUUCCACCUUCACUUCUGCCUCCGAUUUUUUUUGUCCCUGGUGUAACCAAGCCAUUAAUGAUAUAAUUUGGAUUAUGUGCUUUAAAUAGUAACUUAUUUAGUAAACAAAUCUUGUAUUGAUCCUGAUCCGUAUGUUGACUAAUACUUUAGAGUAAGCAAUCGAUGAUUAAUAAAAUAUAUGUUAGGUAACUGAUUUGUAUUGCAUGACAAGUUAAUGAUAUUGGUCCAAUGUAUUUGUUUCUAAUUUCUGACAUGUGUAUUCUAAGAAGCUCUUUACAUGGCUUUGAAUUUAUGUGCAAAGGAAUGUAACUUUUGACUUGAAUUCCUAGUGAUAUAUCUGUUAUGAUUUGUGCCAUAUCUACAGCCCUCUUAAAAUGUAUUGGCAGCCCGAAGUUACAGUCUCACAAUGUAAAUUCACAUUUUAUGACUUUUAACAAAUACUCUUUCUAUUACACUAUCUUGUACUACUAAACAUUUUAAGAGAGCUGUACCUUCAUCUCUUGAAUAGAUUGUUAAAAUAGUCUAGAUUUUGUAAAAUGCAAUUAAUCAAGUUUCAGAUCUUGAAUUAUCCUGACAGCAGUGAUUUUGUUACAAAUAGUUAUGGCGAGUCCUGAUACUCAUCUUGUUAAAAAUCAGGAGUCCCAGUCCAGAACCAUAGAGUCAUAGUUCUAAAAGCAAUGAGUCCCUGGGUCUUUUGUAACCACACAGUUUAUCUGAAGACAGACUCCAAAACUCUACAUUACAGUUUACUGAAAUAAAAAUGUACUCCUUCUAUUGUAAAGCACAACAAAACACUGAAAGAAAUGUGUCGUUUAAGGACAGCCACAGAAAUCACACAAACGGGAUCUUCAGAUCGAUCAAUCAAUCUUUCCAUCGUAUGGGACGCAUACCACAAAUGAUUUUGAAUCUUUAGGGAUUUUUAUGGGUCAGGUACACAGGACGCAGAGGUAACAAAAUCACUGUGACAGUGAGAUGUGUCUUAGAACCGGUUUGUUAGCAUUAUGGGCUUAUAUUGUCACCUUUUGAGCUGGAACUCCUAAUUCUUCAUUUCCCCAAUUACGUUCAAUUUGAUUUUGUAGUUCACAAGGUAAUUCAGAAAGUGCAUUGUAAGAAAAUAAGUCAAUGAGCCAGAUAUCUGCCUCAGCCCAUGGCUUGUUUCAUUGUACUGACAUCACUUGUGCGGUACUCAAGCUCAUGUUUUGCUUGUCUUGCUUAGCAAUGCUGUGAUGACCAGGCUGACGACUCCACAGCCAGUGAUCAUUUCCAGCCUGCGCCUCAUUUUCCCACUGAGCACCAUUUUGAACCAGCCCCAUACAGCCCUCCACCACAACAUUUCCAUGAGCCGUUCAUUCCCCCUCCUGAGCAGUUUUAUCACCCACCUCCACCACCGCCCCCUCAACAUCACUACCAUCAUCCACAACAUCAUGAGCCAUCACCACCACCACAGCAUUACCAUCCCCCGCCGCAACAUCACGAGCCACCACCACAGCAUUACCAUCCUCCUCCACAACAUCAUGAGCCACCACCACAGCAUUACCAUCCUCCACCACAACAUCAUGAGCCACCACCACAGCAUUACCAACCUCCACCCCAGCAUCAUGAGCCCCCACCACAGCAUUACCAACCUCCACCCCAACAUCACGAGCCCCCACCACAGCAUUACCAACCUCCACCCCAACAUCACGAGCCACCGCCACAACAUUAUGAACCACCGCCUCCACCUUCGCCUGUUGUAAUGCAGCACGGUUGGCAAGUGGAGACUUGGCAAGGCUCUGACCAUCAAGAAGCUGUAGAGUUUAAACACGUAGGCAUUAUUGUUUUCUUUGGUUCUUGCUUGUAUCAUUGGUUGGUUGUGUUAAGUGUACAUUGUUCUGUUUUGCACCUAGCCUGUAGCAUGCUGUGAUUUAUUUGUUGUUGUUGGUGUUCAUUGGUUUUGUUCUCAGGUGCUUUUGAUUAAUUUGUGUUUUAAUAUGUUUUAUCCUUUGGUUCUUGCUUGAAUUUGUUUGGUUGACUAUUUUGUAAAAUUGCACAUUUUAUUUUGAUAUCCUUAAUUACUAAUUUAAGGAUUAAGUUCAUCUUUGUUGAUCAUCUAGUGUUGACAAGUGGCGAGUUUCUCUCAAAGCAUAAUGAUUCUUCUUGAAUACAGUCCCAUACAUUUUCCUACCUUUAACGAUAAAAUAAUGAAUUCAUUUAUUAUGCUUUAAUAACAAUAAUAAUAAUAUUAACUUUUAUUACACUUAUAAUGGGCAUGUUACAAUAAUAUGAAAAGAUAGAGUUUUUAGAACUGAAAGUACUACAAUGUAAUAAAAAGAAAAAGACCACAAACUGUAAAGAUCAAAACUACUGGUAACUUAAAAUAAUGUCAUUCCAACAUACACUUUUAUUAUAUUAGAUAUAUAAAGUCAAAUCUUAUAUGUAUUACAAAAUAAAACUUAGGUUUUAAUAAUAAGAGAAUUUAACAGUUAUAUACCUGCCAACAGUUAGUCUCAAUAAAACUAUUCACGCUUUCACGCCUUACUCCCCUGAUUGAAAAAUGUGAGUUGUUGCCGUCCUGCUCCAAAAAAUAUGUUAACUAGACCCAUGAAAAUAAACAUUAAAAUGAAAAAUGGCAAUUUCCUCGUUUCUGAUUUUUGGAGUGAAAAGCACUUUUUUGGCAGACUUCGCAGACUUUGACGUCUUGGAAGACUUCGGACUUCUUUGAUCGUGUCGCCUUCAAAAAUCCCAGCACUCCCAAAAAAAUAAUUUUAGAUGAAAAUAAACAAUAAAAGAAAUAAUUGUUGUUUAUUUCUUUACAACCCUUAGUACACUGUAAAAUCCUAGUGUGACAGCUGCUUUAUAUAUUUUGCUUAACUUUGGGAAGGAAAAGGCAAAAAAGAAUUUCCACAACUGGUUGGAGGAUAAAAAAUUUGACAGGUUUACAAUCUGCCAACUUGACUUGUUAGACCAACAGAACUUACACAGGGUUUGCCCAGUCUUGAAAAGUCCUUGAAUUUAAGGGGGAGUUCUUUACAGCAAAGAGCCCAAAAGUGUGACCGCUUUGGUUUAUUCACAUUCUUUUGUGCCGAUUUAAUCCAAUCAGAAGCCAGCUGGAAACUGUGCUCGACUUCUAAUUGGUUAAUCUCUGCAUGAAAGAAUGUGAGUUAAUUAAAGGAGGUCUCGCUUUUGGGCUCCUUGCAGUAAAAGUCCUUGAAUUCCAAUUUUUCUUGAAAAGUCCUUAAAAUUCUGUUUAACUUUGAAUGUAGUAGCCUGGAAAGUGUUAUUAAUGCUUUUUGGUUGUCCAAAACAGAAUAUAAAACAUAACUCAGAGAAGUUAAAGGUGAUUUACAUAAGACAUUUUUUGUUUUAUGCAAGAGUUAUUGUAAAUUUAAGACAUGUGAACUGAAAAAUGAGUUAUUAAAGUUAGAGGAGCAAACAGUUCAAGCCUUUAAAGCCCUUUUAUUAGAAUGAACCGGGAAUGUGCCUUUUUGUACAAUCUGUUAAAUAUUAUUACAUUCUUGGUACGUGGUCCUUAAAAAUUGAAUGUUGUCCUUGAAAGAUGGUUGCAAUUUUUUGUAUGAAUUAUCCUGUUUCAUCCAAGUCUAAUAUACGUCAGGUGGUCAAAGUCUUAUUUUAGAUUACAUGAACAAAACUCCAGUUAAAUAUGACAUGGCAAGGGUAAUAGUUCAUUCGUUUGAGUCAUCUCCUUAGCAGCCUAGUCAGAUGGAUUUAAGGAAGCUUAUCUUUAAAAAUAGUAUGGGUAUAUAUUGAGGGGCUUGUGUGUAUAGAAUAUCACUGUUAUAUUAUGCUUAUAAACAAACUAUUUGACUGUGAAGUAUUGAAACUCAAACUGGUGGAAGGAUACUCUCAACUUAAGUUUUAAGGUGAAUGCUUCUGUAAUAUUAUAACAGACAGGAUCUGUCCUUUGUGCGAUGUUAUUGAAGCAUUCUGCAAGCGAAAUUGUCAAGGAUGUGAGAACUAAUCAUCUCUAUUGUAUUAUGGUCUUUCAAGCUAAAUGUUUUGUGUUUUUUAUUUAAGGGACAGUCAUUAGUAAGCACAUAAUACCUGUGGUCAUGUCAAAAUUCUAUCUGAUGCAAAACAAACAUAAAUAAAUAACUGUAUUUUUAAAUGUGCAUGUGUGUAAUGUUUGCAUGUUUAAGAAUGAUUGUAAUAAUUUUUUACAGUCGUUAUUAUAAUCCAAUUAUUGGAUUUUGCUUGGUACGUUAUUUAAAAAAUUAAUGUAGUCACCAAACUACUUCUGUAAAUAUAAAAACUUUGCUUGUUGCCACCAAGGACUAUUAAAAACAUGCGUGCUAGGACUAGGGAUUCAUUUGUAGCAAAUGCGCAUAGCCAUUGAAUCUUCCCAGGGGAAUUCUUUUAUUAUUUUAAUGCCUAAAAAUAGCAAAAAAUAAUUCCAACAGGCAAAAAUGAGUUGGGGGUAUUUUGCAAAACGCCAAAUGACUCUGAAGGUUAAUGAUUAGGGUUAGGACGCUGAGUGAAUCAGGUUUCAUUUAGUGUCAUUAUACUAGGAAAAGGGGACUGAAACUUGAUUCACUCAGUUUGCUAACCCUUCUGAAUUAUAACUAAACAUCAGAGUCAUUUGUGGCAUUUGUUUUGGUGGCCUUUUGGCAGUCUGUAAAAUACCCCUGCAACAUAGCUGCAGCCUAGUGCAGUUUAGAAAUCACCAUACAAAUGAAUGUGACGUUGCAAGAACGAACAGUUUUCAGGCACAUGAUUUUUUACUGACAUUUGGUGUUGUACAUAUCAUGCUUUCGAUGCAAGUACACAGCAGGCAUGACAAAAACUAGUACUGUAUUCACCUGCUCCUCUCCUAUAGAGAGCUAUUUUUAUGUACCUCAGGAGUGGUGAAGAGAUUUCAAUAAUUUUUUCAGUAGGCAUCAUCGUCAGAGACCCAGAGGCCAGAGGCAGAUAGUGGAGGCAAGGGAAAGUCAAAAAGGGCGGAAAAAAAUGGCUCACCAUUUUUUUCCGCUUGUUUAGACUUUCCUUUGCCCCCACUAUCUGCCCCUGGGUCUCUGAGGAUGAUUAGGCAUCAGCAGUGCUCCAAACAAAAUCUUGAAUUCCAGCUUGUCAUUUGGGCAAGCAGCUCUCUUAAUUUGCUUGCCUGGGGCCACUUCUUGUUUGUCUUAGUUAAUGAUUUUGUUAGAGAACGACUUGCCUGGACCCUUGCCCAGUAAAAAAUCUACUUGUCCCAGACUAGCAGACGGGACUUUUUUGAGCCCUGAUUUGUGUUAGCCUAAGGCAAAUAAUAAGUGGGCAGUUCGAGACAAUAAAUUACACUCGAAGCAAUGAAGUGAAAACUCAAGGUGAAAUGUACACAGCUCAUAACUGACACUUAAUGAACCCCUAAUUCUUGGUUUGCAACCAUGUGACAAGGUGGCCAUGUUGGGGGUCAAUACAAUUUUCUCAAAGAAUUUAAAUGAAAGUGGAGUUUAGUUCUCAAAGGAGAGAAAUGCUUUCGCUCUUGACUACCAACAUGGCCACUGUGACGUCAUGUGCAAACCAGUAAUAGUUCAAUGCUAAUCAGGAAAACAUUGUCAAAGCAGGUUUUGAGGUCAUCCUACCUAAGCAAAUCUGAUUAAGGCACUUGGUUUUGUCUGGACAGGACUUUUUCGAGCCCUGAUCAGAGUUACCCUAAGGCAAAUAAGGGAGCAGUAUAAGAUGAUUACACUUGUAAGGCGAAAUGAAGCUGCAGCUUUCUGUACACAGCUCAUAACUGACUCUUGAUGAACCACUAAUUAAUGCAUGAAAUGCCCAUGUUUUAAUAGUUCAAUGCUGAUGAGAAAAGCAUUGUGAAAGCAGGUUUUGAGGUCAUCUUACGCAAGCAAAUCCGAUUGAGGCCCUUUGUUUUGUCAGUGGCAAAUAGCAUGGAACCACUCCCAACUCCAGAAGAGGAUCGGGUCUCUUAACUAAAGCAGGUGGAUCAUGGUGUAGAAAAAGCUGCUGCUGCUGCUGCUGCAGCAACCUUUAAAAUGGUUGCUUUUGGCAAUCUCAGUGACAAUAACUCCACACCGGCCCGAUGCUUUUACUAGCAACUCCACACUUUUGCUGCAACAUGUAUACAUGUCUGAAGCUUUGUUUGGGGCAGAUGAUGAAGAUAAAGCAUGGGUGUAUCUAAGCGAUUUGUGCCUAUUUCUUUACAACCUGAUAGAGUGUGGUGUGUGGCAUGGUACACACACCCUGACUUGAAGACUGAAGAAAUGCAAGAAAAAGAGUGAUGUAACAUACAAAGUGCUAGGCUUGGAGACAGAGCAAGUAGAGAACUUGGCUAAUUAGUUUAUCACCGGUGACUAGCUAAUUGCCCUUCAUCAAUGCAGGUAACAGUAUCGCAAUUCCAGUAGCUGGGGAUACAGUGUAAAGAUGAUGACAGUUAAGAAAAAGGAGCAAAAAGAGCAAGAGCAGUUUUCUCGGCCACUGGAUUAACAACUACAAGAAGAUUAAGCAUUCUGGCUUUGUCAUCAGGGUUACAGGUUUUUGUAUGAUCAAGACUUGCCCAGUGUAAUAGAAUCCUCCAAAAUCAAGAGAUGAACAUAUGAUAACCUUUUACAGGCUCUCAACUGGAUGGUAUUUUACAGAGCUGGAAGAUGAAGAUGGUGAAGUUUUUUCUCUGGAAGAGAUAAACAGAGAUCAGAGGAAUUUCGUUAAGGCUACUGGCUUUGGCAAUGACGUUGAAAAUACAGUAUCUCUUGACCCAGGCACCCGAGUAGCCAAUAUGCUCUUAUCUGUUCUGCAUUAUAACGGCAUGUGCACACCAAAAGUUGAAAAUUCAGGUCAUUUCUAUUCAGCAGUCUGAUAAAUGAUCAGACAAAUGGUAGGUAUAACUAAAUAUCUACAUACAUAAAUUCAUACGUAACAUACAUUAUUAUUUUCAGGUUGUCAGUGAAUGGCACAGUUCGUGGCACAGCUCAGAUCACAGUUCAUGGCACAGUUCUGCUUAUGAGGACCAUAGUGAUUCAGUUUUAGGAGAGAGUUGGUCAGUAGAGAAUUCGACACAGUCGGUAGAGACGAGUCCCAUACAGACUCCAAGUGAUCCUUAUGUGCAACAAACAGUGCUUUUGUACUCACUAGAAGCUGUCACAUUUGAGCAGGUAUAAGUGGUGAAAAACAUAGAACCUACCAGCUGCAGUUCUCACGUCUGUGUCAGCAAGCAGUGUGUAUCAAUGGAGAAGAAGUUCCCUCUAAUUUACCAAAAAUUGAGCAUACUGGUCACAUCUGAAGCCUUCAAAGAUAUUUCUUUUUUCCUUCUUCGUGUCAUCAUCGUCAUCAUCAUCAUCGUCGUCAUUAUUUGUACAGUAAUUUACUAACUGUAACAUAAGGGCUUUAUUUAAAGGUUGAGAGUAUCCUGCACCUUAACACUUUUAGGCGAUAAAUCAUGAUAUGUGGUUUUCUUCUCAAAAGGCUUCCUCAAAAGUCUUUCACAUCUCAUUUCUGGUUCUAGUAGUUAUUAUUAUUAUUAUUAUUAUUAUUCUCCCUACCAGGGUAUAUUAAAAGUCUAUGCAGUCUAUAACAUUCAUUGCUGGUGCUGGUGAUGGGACUAAUAUUAAUGCAAAGUCUCUCUAAGAUUAACACAAUUAAAAAAAAAUUGUCCAAAAUACCUUAACUGAGCGUGCUUUCCACAAGUCAGAACUGACUGGCCGGAUCACAACCAGACCAGUCAUUUUGACAAUGAAAAAUGCUUUUUUCCAAGAGUUUUGAUGAAAAACCAUCUCUUUUGUGAAAGCUAUUUAGGAUUUCACCGAUCUGGCUGGAUAGUUUUGAUUAAAAGUGAAAUUCUUAUUAUGACGGGAAUGGUUUGGCCGGUCAGUUCUGACAAAUGGAAAGCACCCUGUGUUUGGUCAUCUUCAAUCGUCUCAGAUUGUGACCUGAUCACUGUUACCUGAAGAAAGAUAUUAACAUGAGGGAGCAAGAAUAUUAGUCCAGUUGACUCUCGCCAAGUUGGACUGUCUCCAUUGAAUCUGAUGUAAUUCAGCUUGACAGCAUUUUCUACCCCUCCACAACUCUAUUUUGCGUACAUUAUUUUCUGUAGUCUCUCGCAGACAGACUCCUGGUGAGUUAUGUUGAUCUUAGCUGUCGUCCAUCGGACUCAGUGUGGGUGUGUUGGACAACCCUCACAAAGAGAGAGUCAAAGAAAAUGUGUAUUGUUUUAGAACAGCAGAGAGUAACUCUGCCUGUUGGUUUUGAGAAGAUUCUGUUUAGAGACUGUUUAGUUGACUAAAUGCACAAUGAUAUUGCUCAAAGUUAACAGUACACUGAUCGAAUUUUCUAACCUAACUUUAAAAGAGUCUCAGUCAACAGCAAUAAUAAUAUAUCAUGAUGUCGUUAGUACUGUACUCAAAUUGUUGGAUUUGUUUAUUGUGUGUGUGUUAUAAACUUUAGAGAAGUUAAUGGAAGUUCACUGUGCAAAUUUCUCGGUCCCUUUUUGUUACUGCACAAUGCAGCUUUCCAUAAAUAUAUUGUUAGUUUUUUAUUAUAUUUAUGUUUCUUUACUAUAGCGUAUCAAACACCUUUUAAAAGUAAUAGUGCAGUGCUGAUGCAUUUUGAAUAAACUGUAUAAAAAGGUUCUAAUGCAAGUAAUUAAUGCUUUAUAAGUAUGCAAUUCAUUUUUUUAAGGCAAUAAUUUAAAAACGUAGGUUUUCAUUAACAAUAUUGUUAUUGUAAGUUGAAUGAUUUUCAUUGAAACUUGUCAGUCCUCAUUGAUGGACUGUCUUCAUAUAGAGACAAAAAUUAUUUCCAACCUCUGACUACAGAAUGUUUUUUGCAAAUAAUUAUUACUGCCAAAUUAGUUGUAUUGCUCUGUACUGCAUUUUGCAAGCUUCGAAGGAAAUUUGGGUGUUUCUGUUCUGUCAAUCAUCUUAGGGGACCUCUUAGGAAACACAUGUUUACUUGAAUGAGUUCUAAAGGUCAUGGUUUGUGAUUUGUGAUUGGUGGAUUUCGAUCUGUUUGGUUUGUUUCUGUGUUUGAAGGUUCAUUGCUUGUGAUCGUCCUGUUUUGGGCUAUAAUCGACUAGUUUUUUUCUAAUUGUGCGUAUUCUUGUCACUUGCAAGAAUAAAGCAAUGUCUUCCUCCUUCUUUUGACAAAAAUUCCAGUCGCCAUGGCGAUUUCCUUCACCAUUCUCUGUUUUGUUUUUGCAGGCCAAGCUGGGUAAGCGUAUUGCAUUGUGACUUGCAUUAACCCCGCCCCCACUGAAAUGAUUGAGCGAACAGAAAAAGCCAAAUCCCUUUGAAGUUUGCAAAACACGAAGUGCGAUGCAACAAAUUUGCUAGUAAUUCUACUACGAUUAUUGAAAAUUUUGAACAAUUUGUCACAGCAGUGUCAAUGAAUUGAAAGGAAAGAAAAACAUUCAGUAAUGAUGUCCACCCAUGUCUAUGUUGUAAUGAUAUCCCCAAGCAGCUGCAAAUUAAACAGAUCUUUAAUUUCAAAUCUUGAAGACAACACUUGAUCUUUGGCAGUGAAUAGUUUUCCCAAAGUUGUUUAAAUUUUGAUGGUGCUGAGUUGUUACAUGGGGUGUGCUUUUGAUCAACCUACUACAUGAGUUGUAUUGAUAAAUCAAAUCAAAAAAAUUGGUGCACAUUUAAAUUUUGUUUUACACAACCAUAAACGCUUUUUUUCUUUGAGUUGUAAUGUAUCUAGCAGCUAAAAACACUGUUUCACAUGUUUUGUUGAAGAUGAUACCACCAUAAAGUGGUCAUCUGAGCCACACGAAUCUCUAUCCAUUUGCAGGGUAAAAGCUAGUCUCUCUCGCAGCCAUUUUUUGGAUGUCACGCAACGGCUGCAAGGGAGACUAGAUAAAAGCACAACCCUCAUUUCUCAGUUAUCUCAAGACCCUGAAUAUUGGUCCAACCAUGGAUUAAUCAUGCGACCUCUUGCUCUGCUGUCAAAAACUCUACCAACUGAGCUAAACCUGCCUAUGCAGGGAUUACACACCUAAAAUUUGGGUUCUGUAUAUUUAUCAUAAGCACACCACAUGCAUCAAAGUUGUACCAGGUAAACUGGCCUCAAGAUUGUUAUCACCUUGACAAUUUCUGUUUUCAAUUUUAGGUUGAUGAACUAGCAAGUGAGAUUUCCAACAUUGCAAUAGAAGAAGAGGUUGAUCCAGAGGUUCUCAACCUAAGACACCGGCAAGCGUGGGAAAGUGGUGAAAUUGAUUACUUAGGGCGAGACAAAUUCGACCUUAUCCAAGAUUGGAUUCAGGAUUCUAUUAGCAAUGUUUUGAGAGAUCCUUUGGAUAUUCCUAUGUUCCUUGUUUUUUAGACUGUUUGGCAAAUAAUAAUUAAUAUUAUAAUAAUUAUUAUAAACCAAUGUAAGGACCAAUCCACUAACUUAAAGUCAUCUCUUUGAGAUUUUAUGAGCUUUAGAUUAGGGGAAGGGGGCGGGCAGGGGGACUUGUGAUGUCUGCUGGUCAUUAAUAUAACAGGUAAUCCUGAGUUUACAGCUUGUAGGCAAAGCUCAUU